AUGACAGAAGAGAACAAGUCCCUGGCAGACACUCCGCGCAGUCCAGCAGGCAGCGACAGCUCCGUGUCCCAGGAUGGAUCGGGCUCGGAGUCCCCGGCCUCUCCAGCUCGGUCAGAGGCGCAGGAGGCAGCGCGCCCGCCCGGGAUGACGCACCAACCGGAGAGCGGCGCGGAGGAGGACCGCUUCCCCGCCUGCAUCCGCGACGCGGUGUCGCAAGUGCUGAAAGGCUACGACUGGUCGCUGGUGCCUAUGCCCUCGCACGGGGAGAGAGGGCUGAAGAGCAAGCCUCGCGUGAAGCGGCCGAUGAACGCGUUCAUGGUGUGGGCGCAGGCGGCGCGGAGGAAGCUGGCUGACCAGUAUCCUUAUCUGCACAACGCGGAGCUCAGCAAGACGCUGGGCAAACUGUGGCGACUUCUCUCUGAAACAGAGAAGCUUCCCUUUGUUGCCGAGGCCGAGAGGUUGAGGAUGCAGCACAAGAAAGACUACCCGGACUACAAGUACCAGCCUCGGAGGCGCAAGAACCCCAAACCGGGACAGGGGGACUGCAGAACCGGACUGGUUCAGCAGCAACAGCAGGGCUUGUAUAAGACAGAACCAGGGGUGGCCAGACUGGCUGGAACAGGGGAAACGCACCAUCAUUAUGAUCCAGACAGGACAGGUCAGUCUCAUGGACCUCCAACACCUCCCACCACCCCUAACACCGACCUCCACGUGGGGAACAAACGCGACAGUAGCAGCAGCAGCAGCACCGGCCCCGUUCCUAGGCAGAACAUCGACUUCAGCAACGUGGACAUCUCAGAGCUCAGCACCGAAGUCAUCGGCACCAUCGAUGGCUUCGACGUCCACGAGUUGGACCAGUACCUCCCUCCCAACAGCCACGCCUCCGCUCUUCUAACCCCGCCAGAUAGCAGCCACGGACAUAACAACAACCCUUCUGGGUCCUUCAUUCUGCCCAGCAUCCACUCCCACUCCCACUCCCACACCUGGACACCCAAAAGUGGGAUUUCCACUGGAACGCCAACUUCCUCUUGCAGUCGUGAUGCGCAUGGGCUCCACGAGGACACCAGCCAAAAACCUCAGAUUAAAACGGAGCAGAUGAGCCCAGGUCACUACAGCAGCUCCUCCUCCUCCUCCUCCACUCCUCCACCGCCACAACCGGAGUACACCUCCCUCGGUUCGGGCGUCUGCCCUUCCUCCACUUCCUCCCCAUCCUCCACCAACCAGUCUGACUACACUGACCUCCAAAGCUCCAGUUUCUUCAGCGCCUUCCCAGGGUACCCUGCCGGGCUGUAUCAGUACCCGUGCUUUCACUCGUCUCGCAGGCCUUAUGCCUCGCCUCUUAUCAACAGCCUGGCCUUGGCACCACCUCCACACAGUCCGCCCUCUGGCUGGGAGCAGCAUCUCUACACAACUCUCUCCAGGCCUUGAAGAGGCAGAAAUCCUCACAAAAAAUGUGUAUAUGGACGCAAACUUUAAUGACUACUCCGACUGGGACAGAAAAGUGGCCUGCUUUAAUGACUUAUAAGAUAAUGUUUGGAGAUUUGAUGACUUGAAGUGCUCAUAUUA